GUUGAUUAUGAUUUUAUUCACAACCGCCUUGGCCUUGAAGUGAAUGCAACCCGAAUCUCCACCAUGAAUGAAACACAAAUAGAUAGAGAGAAAAGCUCGGAACAUAGUAAGCCUCAUCGACUGACUUCGCUUUAGCGACAUACUAUCAUUUUGCUUUUGAGAUUGAUACGAACUCGAUCUUGCUCUUGUGAAUUGUUGCCCGUUCUUCGCGAGAGGGCCUCCAGUUCCCGAGAUUGAGGUCUGAAGAUGCCGUCGACUUCAUGGGGAGGUAACGCAAAUGGAACCCCAAGAGCAACCGCGGAAGGAGCAGCAACGUCACCCGGACCUGUCGCCAUGAACGGAGCCAACACGUAUGGCGCUUCUUCCAACAGCAAAGGGAGUAACCAGGAUCAAGAGGGAGGUUAUGCCGGUACAGGAGUUGGUGGAUUUCUUAGUUCCCUAAGUGGAGGAGGUGCUGGCGGACGCGCGGUUCCCACUGUGGAGGAUCGUAUUGAUUCGCGAGGCGAAAAAAUGCUCGUUCUUGCUCAGGACGACGAUGACUUCUCGGAUCUGGAUUCCGACGCAGCGAUUCUGGACCUGGAACUGUACGACUUGGUGUUCUCGCACUUGGAGCUCAGUUUCGGAUUCGUGUUGCGGCCGUGCGCCGUGAACUCGGAGCACGUUGCUGGGGUCGAUGCCGACCUUGCCAAGCGGUCGAGUCCAGCAGCCAAUGCUGUGGUCACCCGUUUGAAUCGCAUGCUCGGUGUGCAACCGGUGCGCGAGGACGAACAGGCGAUUCAAGAGCUAGAAACGGCCUAUGCGACGGGAGGAACGCAAUUCGGCUCACUCAUGGACGCCUACAAAGGCCAGAAUGUGGAAGAUGGGGAAAGGUGCAUUUUUUUGCCUGCAUUCACAUUAUAGUUAUACAGGAAGUAAACAAAGUUUUCAAUUUUUGUGUAAAGAACAAAGGCGUUGAUACAACGGAAGAGGUAACAAUUCGUGAAGUUGACUGUUCGCAGAUGUUGAAGAACUCCCAAGCAAUGAAAUUUCAUCUCUCAGGGUGUACGUUCCCCGCGUGUUGCGGCACAGCCACGUGCCCAUCUGGGAGGACUCGAAGCAACAGUUCUCGUCUGAGCAUAUGCAAGACGCUGUGCUUCCAAUUACUGUGUAUUCGACCAACUACGCUGGCGAGAUCAACGCCGUGCCUCUGAAGAAGAAGAGGCGAUGUUGUGCGGCGGGAAUUUCGCACAUUCGGGACUUUAUCCAGGUGCUUGGUGUCGCCUGGUGGCGUCAGCGGAAUCCUCUGGGCAAGCUGGUGUUUGCGGCAGCGGCGGCGGGGGUUUUUGUGCUCAUCCUGCAAACGGGGCUCUACAGCAUGCUCAAAUGGAACUACUCCGACUACGGACAGCUGCAUUUCUUCGUGUACUUCUACACGAUUCUGCAAGGGUACGUGACGUUUGACUACGCAAUUUUUUCGUUGCAUUUCUCGAAAGACCGCAGCCACUUCUUGAACCAGUUGCUCUACUUGUACAGCCAGCAAUGGGAGCUGUUUCUGAACGACCGCAGCAGCGAGAAGCGACGUCGCGAGGAUCAGCGCCGGGAGCGGGAAUCCCGUCUGCAAAAGAUGCAGGAUGGCACAGCGGGUAGCAAACUUAGCGCCGCAGCUACUCCAGGACGACCUGGCAUGACGUCGAUUCAGACGCCUUAUCGAGAGACGAUUGUGCCAGCGAACAAUGUGCCAAAACCAAGUGCAACAGGUGCGGACUCCUUCUCACCAACAACGUGGAUGAAGUCCUCCUCCUCUCCGAUGGCGCCGAAGUCUCCUCGAGGAGGGGCGUCAAGGGAACAACAUCAGAGCAAGGAGAGAGACUCCAGCUUUUCUUCAACAGGACCAGCAGGAGAACGUGGAAGCACAGGCGCGGCCCCAGUCGAGACGCAAUACGGAACCUACAAAUCGCCUUUCAUGACAACGGUCGGCACAUUGCCGGAGGAUGAGAAAAAUUGGUUCGAAGAGCACCUUUGCACUUCCGUCGAAGUGCAGCGGGAAAACUGGUUGAACGUGCAGUCGUUUCGUAGGAGUGGUUUCUGGUGGUUCUGCCUCAUCUUCUGGUCGUGGGUCUGGUUUGCGACGUGGGCUGCCAUCACUUCCGCACAUUGGAUGGACCCAGGCCAUCUGCCUUUGGCGGCACCAUGGUACGUCAACCCAGAAACUGACGGAUUUCACGGUGGUACCAACUGGGCCAAAAAUAAUCCGGAACAGCAGAAAAAGCUCAAUGCGCGAGAAAAUGAGAUCCGAAAACUGGUACUUCCAUUGGUUAUUCUCCAUUAUGAAGAUCAAGACUAUCAUUAUGUUUACAAGAAACCGGGGCCGCCCCUUAGGCGACCCCUCCUCGAUAACAGCACAGCCACGGGCACAGAGUAGAAACCUAAGAGAAAACAAAAAAAAGCGACGGAGGCACGGAGCGCCCGCCCCUUGGCGGCUGCCGUCGAGAUGAUGGAGAGGAACAAAGACCGAAGCAGCCCACGCAACCCAGAACCCUGGCGCGCGCAAUCAAUUAGGCACGCCACGCCAAUGAGGCAGGCCCGGCGGACAUGCGCGCGCGGGGGCGGAGGUGUUGCCAAUGCCGUCGGGGGCGCUCGACGUCGGUGAGCCCUCCCACGCCCGCGCGUCUUGCUCAUCUUUGCUGGCUGGCCCCGCCCAGCUUGCCCGGGCAGUUUGGCUAGCCAGCUUUGGCCGCUCAGGCCUCUCCGGUCUGAGCUGCCCGCGUUCUCACCUGGGGCUAUCUGUUCUCAGGUUUGUUCUUUGUUUGGCUCAACGAGCGGGGGUUGCCCAUCGGUCCCACCUCGGCCCCCAAAAUGCCCCACGACCUCCCCAAACACAGCGCGACCGACCUCCCCAAACACAGCAUGACCCCCCAAACACAGCGUGACCCCCUAAGCACAGCACGGCCCCAAGCUACAACGUGGCCACGCAAACGCAGCGCGCCCCCCAAGAAACACACGAGGCACCAACUACGUACACCAAGGCCCCCCAAGCUUACUAACACACCACGACCACCAAGAAGACACGCCAUGACCCUCGAAGCAACCCACUACGGCCCCCGGAACACAACACCAGCGCGAGCAUUAGGGCACAGAAUGACCCCGCGCAAAAAUUACUACGCACAGACGGCCAGCCCCUAAAAGACAAAGGAUGGAAGCAACCCCGCAGACAGCACGUCGCCCCUGGCGGGCUAUGACCUGGCCCGCCCCUUAAAAAUAAAGGGCAUGGCCGUAAGAGGCACCACGACCCCCCCGAGGCACCCCGACCCUGACCCCAAAGUAGGCACUUCGUGGCAAAGUAAGCAUAAAACUAAGCACAGCCCCAGGGACAUGGCAUGACCCCCGGGCACAGCAUAGACCCUCAAAGGGACGCACUUCUAUGACCACCAAGACACACCAGCACGACCCCCAAAGACACAGCGUGAAGGUGAACCCCCAAAACAACGCAGCACCCUCAACACAGCACGGACCCCAAAACGCAGCAGGACCCCGAAGAGCACAGCACUACCAGGGGCCAGCCUCCAAAGCUGGCACCUUUUGCGGCUUCCUCCUCGCGUUGUUGGUUGUGACCGGGCGCAGGCAGGGAGCCUGAGGGGGUUGCCCGGGUGGAAGUUGGGCGCUGCGUUUCUAUCUUGGCGAAAUUGCUCACCCGCGGGCUUCUCCGGCCACACUCCCCUCGAGGGGUGUCCGGAUCCGCGAGGAGCUAGCCGCGCGCCUACAGCUAUGGGCUCGCACCCGCGUGGCUGGCUCUUACUUUCGGCGCUUUUUCGGCUUUCCUUCGUGAAAAUCAUCAAGCAGGUGGGAGCGAAGGUGUGAAGGCGUUGCCAGCAGGUGGGCCCCCUUUAAGGUACCUCGCUCGCAGCCUCCGAACGCACACGGCCAUCUAGAGAGGAGCUGCGAGACGCUAAUCUCCCUAUCGUGGUGCGUGUUGGUUUUUCUUCAGUUUUCGUUGAGGCUCUCAAGCGUCGCCGCGUCUGAUUUGGCGCGGAAGCUGGGAGGGGGGGCCGCGCAGGGGUUGGACUGGCACAGGGGUUGGGGAGGGGUUGGACAGGGGUAGGCCCCCCCCUACCCCCCCCUUCUCCCCCUGACAAUCCCCCAAGAAACCCGGUGGUCGAGAUUCUUUCGACCAUUUGGACAGGCACAGGGGUCGGACAGGGGUAGGCCCCUCCUUACCCCCCCCUAGGGCCCCCUUUCUCCCCCGACAAUCUCUCAAAAAACCUGGUCGGGACUCUUUUGGCCAUUCUUAUUGUUUUUUGGACAGGCACAGGGGUUGGACAGGGGUAGGUCCCCCCUACCCCCCUCGGACCCCCCUUCUCCCCCCGACAAUCCCUCAAAAAACCUCUCUCGACUCUUUUGGCCCUUAUUACUCUUUUAAUCAUGCUCUUCGGGGGGGAGGGGAACAACCUAGAAGAAUAAUUUUUAUUUCAUGCAGCUUGUUCUUCUUCUUUAAUUAGAUUUUUGAACGAGCAGGAUAAGACUUGGCACGGCGUGAUGAUGAUCAUCUGCUUACUACACACAGUCGGCACAUGCCUGUUACACGCCAUCAGGUUUCAGCGGCACCAACCGAGGGCCUUCGUUGGAACAAUGUAACGUCGCAGUAUGUUCCAGACAUGGCACAUUAUUGCUCGAUCUGUAAAGUCGUUACGCUUGGCCGCGACCAUCAUUGUCCCUGGAUCGGCAAUUGCGUCGGCUUUCGAAAUUACAAGUUUUUCAUGCUCUUUCUGUUCUGGUACUGGGUGAUGGCCAUGCUGGGAUCGUUGCUCAACCUCAGAGGUAUUGAUGUAAACUUUAUUUUGAUUGUCACGGUCCUGGAUUUUGUAAUUGGACUUCAACUUUUUCUUUUCCUCGUACUUCUUCUUUUUAUUCUUCUACGGUUCUUCCUCUUCGGGUUCCAGAUGUUGCAGAUGAUACCCCAAUGAACUAGAAGACAUUGUGAUAUGAUUUAGCACGCUAUGCAGCUGCAUACCAAAGAUGACGCUGAGCAUUUGUCUUCACUUUUACACGAAAACUACAGCUAUUUCGCUUUACUGCCUAAACGACUUGUGUAGUGACACGCUGUUUCGACAGCGCGGUGACGUACUGGCAGACUUCGUUGCUGUGCAGUAUCGAAAUCAGGCAGAAUGGGAGUACUGUCGUGUUCUCUUAGUCUUCAUCGUGAAGCGCAACCGGUACACAGGCGAAUUGGACUGGUCAGAGGGACCUUUGCCACUUCCUGGCGAGAAGUCUUUGCGGGCAGACCGCUCGACGCGCGGUGGCGCUUUUGCAGACGUCAUUGGUGACAUUGAGGCUGGUCGGGCACCACCAGGAAGCCAGUUUGACGGAAUGACCAGCGGGAACGCAUCCGCGCGCGGCGGUCUUCGAGGAGACAACGCGGGGCGCGGCUUUCAGAACAACGCACGCUCAUCACUCACUGCAGCUAGUGGGGGCGCGCUUUCUGCUCGUAUGCGCACGGCUACGGGUGGUCGGGGAGGCUACGGCUCCACUGACGACGGAGCACGCUUGGAGUCCUCUGUUGACGACGGCAAUGCGACUGGCGAUGCGUCCAGGUUCCACCAGCAAAAUGGCAAACUACAGGAAGCAGCCUCCUCUUACACAAUUUCGCAGGAGGACAUGCUCAACGGUCUGUCCUCCAGUAACAAGACAACCUCGGAGAUGGACGAUACACCGGAGAAAAAUACUAGUCUUGCCAGUCGAAUCAAGAACAGGAGCAAGGAGUUUUGGAAGAGCAAGCGCAUCAGCCGCGCCGCGCUGAAGAGAAGGUACGGUUGGCAUCUUGUCCGACACUACUUAAGUGGCAUCUUCUACAACCACAGCGACGUGAGAAUCUUCAUGCUGUGGAUGGGCAUCAUCUGGUACGGCUUUUGCGUCGUCUUUGUCUACUGGGUGGGUGCGCACCAAGCGAAGAAGUUCAUGGACGGCAAUCUGCUUGGUAGCUUCCACGAAUACGCGCCGGCGGAACACAAUACGUACUAUCAGAACACCUGCCGUUACCUCGGGAGCAACCCGCUCUUCUGGCUCAUGCCCAUACCUGGAACACAGAACCCCCAUGACGGCUACUACGCUCCCGGGCCAGAAAGAUUUGAAGGCCGAUAAACAUGCGAUGGCGGACGAAGUGUGAAGGUUGUGCUGCCUUGUUUACGAGUUGUAGGAAUCAAUUCCAACACCGACUAGUACUAUCGUUGUACUUCAUGAUCUAUAUGAAGAACCAUGAUGAGUUUGAGCAAGGAGGUGUCGUUCUUGUGUAAAAAGCAACUAGCACAUUGAACAGAAGAAAGAAGAAACAAAAACGAACACGGCUGUUAGUAUCAACAUGUGGUGUGCCCAAUAGUAUAGGAACAUAGUCCCAUAACGACUACGGCAGAACUUGAAUUUGUUCUUGUCCACUAAAAGCAUAACCUGCUAGAGAUAUACCAAAUAUCAAGUAGAAUAGAGUUCACAUAAUACAACAUAGAAAUAGAAUUGUGAGUCUCUACGCACAUGUUGUAGUUCAACAAUAACAGCAUCAUUUGCGUUAUGAAAGUCGAUUGCAUAGUCUUCCCUGGCACUCAGUAUAACUUCUCCCCAUAAAGACCUCUAUAUUCUGUUUCCAUAAAUAAUUUAAAUGUGUUGCGUUUACGAAAAGGAAACUCGUCUUAGUUCUGCGGCUUCAAAGAUGUCUCAUGAAGCCAGUACUCUUCAUCGCCAGCUUCCCACUAAGAGGCUCUACACCUGCUCAACACUACCUCAAACGUAAGAAGAACACAAAUGAACCACAUCAAUCAUGCAUUCACAUCCUUUCACUACUCAUUAUGAUCGUAAUCAAACCUCAUCUACUACAACGUCAACGUUUACCAUAAUUCAAAAGAAUAUUAUCUACUCAUUCUUCUUGUUCAUCAGCAGACCAGUAGAAGUUACACACACAUCAACAUGAAAUUGAAAACUCAAAGGCUACGGCCCUUAGUAUCGAAGGUAAGUAAAUAUGGCUUAGCUAUGAUUCAUUAGUGAAAAUUCUAUCAACUUCGAAGAAAAAGCAGCAUAGUACUAGUUCUACUUGUAACAAAGAAAGCCAGAGCUUCAGUUUUCGCUUCUGCAAUGUAUGCAUUGCUAUGUAUAGAUACAUAGAAUCAACGGCACUUCAUGAGAAGCAUCUUCAUGCCAUGUACAGGCUCGUAAAAAACAAAAUGUUUGAUCAUAGAUCAGCCUCGCCCUUCUCCUCUCUGUUUGAUGACUUGGAUAUGUCAUUCGUCGUGGCGCAAGCUAUGAUAGCUGACCGAAGAACAACUACAGUGUUCGAAGAGGUAGCCCUGAGCUACGCUCGGGAGAUUACCUGCAUAUUUGAAAAGGAAGUGUCUA